UCAAGUUUUACUUACGCACAAGUUUGCGGGUAAGGUGUAGGUUUGGUCACACUGUUGGAAUUUGCGAAACUGUUAGUAAUAAAUAAGUUACAAUGUAUUCAGCACCAACUACAAAUAAACUGUUAGAAAUUAUAAAACAGCCAGGUAAUAAUGUGUGUGCGGAUUGCUGCAUCAAGCUCCCGGAAAAUAAAGAAACGGUCAAUAGCACAACACAAGCCCACUGGUCCUCUUACAAUCUAGGAGUGUUCCUAUGUGUGCCAUGUGCAUCAGUACAUCGUAAGCUUGGAGUCCACAUCAGCAAAGUCAUAUCUGUACAGCUAGAUAGAUGGAAUGAAGAUCAAGUUGAGUUUAUGGGUGUGAAUGGCAAUCUCAAAGCCAAGGAGAAGUAUGAACAAGAUGUUCCAGUCAGCUACCGAAAACCACAAAAACCUUCGGAUCCUGAGGUUGUACGAGAGCAAUGGAUCCGUGGAAAGUACGAACGACAAGAAUUUAUCAACAUCAGCCUGCAGAAGUUUCGGUGUUCGGAAAUGACAGGGAUGAUGUGGAAGAAACUGAAGGACAAACAGAACUUCAUGGAGAGAAAGUUUAUCCUCUCAGAAAAUGACUUCACGAUCAGAUACUACAAUAGGACAGAUGCUAAAGAACCCAAGGCAAUCAUCCCCCUGGACAGCCUCAAUGUUGCUUUCUGUCCCGAUAAGGUCGGUAACCCCAACGGCAUGCAGCUCUACUUUGAGCUGAAGAACGGCGAGCUGCGCAACAUCUUUGUGUACACCGACACUGGCAAGGAAAUAGUUGACUGGUACAAUGCAAUUCGUUACAUGAAAUACAACCGUCUGAUGGUGGCGUUCCCUGCUGGUCGAACUGACGAAGAGGUCAACCAGAUCCUUGAUAGAGGGGAUAUAUUGAAGGAAGGCUGGCUGCAUAAGACAGGCUCCAAGGGGAACGAAGCCUUCAGGAAACGCUGGGUGGUCCUCACCUACAAGCGGAUCACUUACUACGAGAUGCCAUUGGAUGACGUCUGCAAGAAAACAGUGAAGCUAAUGAACACAAAGGAGUACAAGUGUAUCGAUGGUGUGCCCCCAGGCAAGCUUGAACAAGGCUUCGCCUUCACCUUGAAGACGCCCGGACGGGAUUUCUUCUUCUCAGCCGAGACGAAAACGGAACGCGGAGAUUGGAUGCUCGCCAUCAACAGGGAGAUCGGCAUUCAAGCUUAAGGGUGUGCUUCCAAGACCAGCAUUUUUUACAUAGUCUUAAAAUAAACUAGAUAAUAACUGUCUGGAUUGAAGUAAAUAUGAAGUAAAUUAUAUACUGGUCACCCUGAUUAAAGACAUUGACUGAUAGGGAGACUGCCAACUUAAGGCUAGAUAGCUCAAGUACGUUAAUCUGGAGGUCGUUGGUUCAAAUCCCGCUCCAGUCAAUUUGUUUUUGUUCAAACACAAAACUAAUUAUUAUGCAAUAAGACAUUUGGAUAAUUCAGUAUUUCUUCAUCGCAAAAUGCUUGUGUUUUGCAAGCCAUCAUUGGCAGCUUUCUGUGUGCAUACAAUAAAUAAACAUUAUGUAGUGAAUAGGACUUUUUUAUACAAAUUAUAGUGGGCCAUGGUCGGGUGAUUCAGAGCAUCAAACUCAAUACCUGGUGACCGAGUCAUCAGAGAGAUUGUUUGAAUCCGGGGGUGCGUUCCACUCGCGCAAACAACUCGCAACUGUUCGCGCAAACGUUUUGUUGGCUUUUGAACGAUUGGUACG